AGCCCAGCCUUCUGGACACAGGUCCUAAGGCUCUGAUCUGGCCCUUGCCCCCAUCCCAGUUUGUUCCGCUGCCCCGCCCCACCCCCACUCCACCCCCGUUGCCAUGCUCCAGCCUCACCAUCUCCCACUGUGCCACGAGCCUCUCCUCCGCCCUCAGUUCUCAGUGCCUCCUCUGUGGCACUGUGGCCACUGCUCCCCUCUUUCAAAGCUUACGUUGACGCCUCAUGGGACAUGAUCAGAGCCCCACCUGGUUCCUGUCAUUCUCAGCACCCGGCACUCCGUGACUGUUGAGAUGCACAAAUGCCUUCGUCUGGAUGCAGUUUCCUAAGGAAAGAAAACCUGACACCUGGCACCUGAGGCAUGGGGGGUAAAAAGGAGCCAUUUCCAACUAUGCCCCUGCAGGUGCCAUGACUCAGCAGCCCCAGGAGGGCUUCGACAGGAGCAUGGAAGACGCCCUGGCGUGGAUGAAGGCCGUGCAGCAGCGCCUGCAGAUCAACGACAACACCCAGGGGCCCCGCGCCGCCCUGGAGGCCAGGCUGCGAGAGACCGAGAAAAUAUGCCAGCUGGAGCCAGAGGGACGUGUGAAGGUGGACCUGGUGCUCCGGGCGGCUGAAGUGCUCCUGGCAUGCUGCCAUGAGGACCAGAAGCCCGAGAUCCUGGCCCGGCUGAGGGACAUCAAGGCCCUAUGGGAGGAGACAGUCACCUACAUGACUCACUGUCACAGCCGCAUCGAGUGGGUGUGGCUGCACUGGAGUGAAUACCUUCUGGCCCGAGACGAGUUCUACCGCUGGUUCCAGAAGAUGACGGUGGUGCUGGAGUGCCCCGUGGAGCUGCAGCUGGGCCUGAAGGAGAAGCAGUGGCAGCUGAGCCAUGCGCAGGUGCUGCUGCACAAUGCGGCCAGCCAGGCCGUGCUCCUGGACCGACUGCUGGAGGAGGCAGCCUCCCUGUUCAACAGGAUCGGGGACCCCAGUGUGGACGAAGACGCCCAGAAGAAGAUGAGGGCCGAGUACGACGCUGUGAAGGCCAAAGCCCAGGACAGAGUGGACCUGCUGGAGCGGGUGACCCGGGAGCAUGAGCAUUUCCAGGCAGAGGUGGACGAGUUCCAGCUGUGGCUGAAGGCGGUGGUGGAGAAGGCGGACAGCUGCAUGGGGCGGAACUGCAAGCUGCCCCCCAAGCAGCGUCUCUCCGCACUGCAGGACAUCGCCAAAGAUUUUCCCAGGCGUGAGGAGUCUUUGAAGAGGCUGGAGGAACAGGCUGUGGGGGUCAUCCAGAAUACCUCUCCCUGGGGUGCAGAGAAGAUCACUGAAGAACUGGAGGAGAUGCGGAAAGUUCUGGAGAAGUUGCGGGUGCUCUGGGAGGAGGAGGAGGCGCGGCUGCGGGACCUGCUCAAGUCCAAGGGAGCCUUUGAGCGGCAGAAGAGGCAGCUGGAGGCCGAGGUGGGAGAGUUCAGGAAGGGCCUUCAGAGGCUGGCUGAGGAGGGCCUGGAGCCCACGGCGAAAGUGGGGACUGAGGACGAGCUGGUGGCCCGCUGGAGACUCUACUCGGCAACUCGGGCCGCGCUGGCUGCAGAGGAGCCACGGGUGGACCGGCUGCAGGCCCAGCUGAAGGAGCUGAUCUUCUUACCCCACGACCUCCAGCUGCUCCCCGAGAGCGUUGUUGCUGCCAUCCAGGAGUACCAGAGCAUGAAGGGGAGGAGCACCAGGCUGCGCAACAACACGGGGGUGGAGCUGUGGCAGCGUUUCCAGCGGCCUCUGCAGGAUCUGCAGCUGUGGAAGGCCCUGGCCCAGAGGCUCCUGGAUGUCACGGCCAGCCUGCCAGACCUGCCCUCCAUUCACACCUUCCUGCCCCAGAUUGAGGCAGCCCUGGCAGAAAGCUCCCGCCUGAAGCAGCAGCUGACCAUCCUGCAGCUGAAGAAAGAUCUGUUGAGCUGCAUAUUUGGCCAGGAGAGAGCCACGGCCCUCCUGGACCAGGUGGCGAGUUCCGUGAGGGACAGAGACCUGCUACACAACAGCCUUCUGCAGAGGAAAAGCAAACUGCAGAGCUUGCUUGCUCAGCACAAAGAUUUCGGGGCUGCUUUUGAGCCCCUGCAGAGGAAGCUCUCAGACCUCCAAGUCAGGGUCCAAGCCGAGAAUGGACUUCAGCCGGACCUUCCUGGGAAACAGGCCCAGCUUUCAAGGUUGCAGGGGCUGCAGGAAGAGGGGUUGGACCUGGGGGUGCAGAUGGAGGCCGUGAGGCUGCUCGUCCAGGGGAACCCCAACCACCAGCAUAAAAUGGACCAGCUUUCUGCCGAGUACCAGGCGUUACAGAGAUCUCUGGAGGACCUCAUGGACCAGUGCCAGCGAAGCGUGCGGGAACAUUGCACCUUCAGCCAUGAGCUGCUGGAACUGCAACAGUGGAUCGCCAGGGUCACUCAGAACCUGGAGUCAUACCAGAGGGACACAGGCCCAUGGGAUGCCCAGUCCCGAGAGGCCGAAAUAGAGAGGCUACUGGCUGAAUUCCCGGAGAAGGAGGCCCAACUGCUCCUGAUCAAAGCACACGGCCGGUUGGUGAUGGAGAAGUCCUCUCUGGAAGGAGCUGCUGUGGUCCAGGAGGAGCUGAGCGAGCUGGCGGAGUCGUGGCGGGCCCUGCGGCUGCUGGAGGAAAGCCUGCUGAGUCUCAUCAGAAACCGGCAGCUGCAGGGGACGGAAGUGGAUUCAGGGAAGAGAAUGAUUUUCACCAACAACAUCCCAAAGUCUGGGUUUCUCAUCAGUGCCACGGAUUCUGUAUCCAGGCAUCACCGCAGGGCAAUUCUGCCCCAGGAAGCAGAAGGCAGCCAUGACGAUUUCUCCCAGCUCCUGAGGGACUUUGAGCAGUGGCUGCAGGUGGAAAAUUCUAAGCUGGUUAGAGUCAUCGCAAUGAGAACUGCCACAGCCCAGGACUUCAGGACCAGAGAAACGAAGCUGCAGGAGCUGGAGGCUCGGGUACCAGAAGGUCAGCAUCUCUUCGAGAACCUCCUUCAUCUUAAGCCAGCAAGUGGGACCUUGGAUGAGAUGGAAGAUUUGCGCUACCGGUGGAUGCUAUACAAGUCCAAACUCAAGGACUCCAGCCAGCUGCUGACACAGAAUUCUCCAGGGGAGCCGAAUGGAUUCCAAAAGACUCAGCGGUGGCGGCGAGGGCCUCGCUCCCUUUUCCAGAAGGUGUGCUGCGCGGCGCUCCCCCUGCAGCUGCUGCUGCUGCUCUUCCUGCUGCUGCUCUUCCUGCUCCCCGUGGGGGAAGAAGAUCGCAGCUGCACCCUGGCCAACAACUUCGCCCGCUCCUUCAUGCUCAUGCUCCGCUACGAUGGCCCCCCGCCCACCUAGCCCACCGAGUCUCACAGGUGACUUUCUUCUCCAACCUUCCAUCAGCCCCGGGCUCCUCCUGAGGACUCCCGGGAAACGGGAAACAGGGAUUGGCUGGAUGGCAGAGCUGCACCAGUAUAAAUACUGUAUCAAUGUUCCCAGCACAAAACUACUUUUUAUACGGUGUUGUCUUCGUCUAUUUAUACUAAAUGUGUACUAUGUGUGACCAGGGAAUAAUGUAUAGAAUUUUUAUGUGCUCUGUAUGAAAAUGCUCAGUGUGUAUAGAAAGUUUGACAUAUGGCGUCUAUUUGUAGUUGGGGAUUUUUGUGGCCUUGGUCUGCAGUCAGCCCUGGAAAGCAGGAACAGUAACAUGGCACUUGUAGGGCAACCUCUUCUCCAGAGGCCAACACCCAGCCCAGAUAUUAGGGAAAAGGCCUUUGAGUUGUCAACACAGAAAAGCACCCCAGAUCCUCAUUCAGUGUCUAGUGACUCUUGUUUUAGGCACAGUGGGAACAAACAUGCUUGUCUAGUUUUUACAACAACAGCAGAUUAGAUGCCAUGGGUUAGAAGCAGAAAUGGUGAUGAUCAAAGGCAGGCCCAGUGACAGCAAUGAGAAGUGACAAGUGAUAGUGACAUCAAGGGAAGGAAAGAACCACAAAGAGCAGGCCCGGAAAGAACUAAAAAGGACAGCAGAAUGGGGGUGCCGUGUGCAGGAGCCCCCGAUGGCACAAACCAAUGAGGAGUGACCAUGGCUGUGCCCUGAGUCCUCAGGAAGUGGUUAGACUGAGUCCCGUGCGUUCUGCUCGGGGAGAAAGCAGGAGAGAGACUUUAGUGCGAAGGUGUCCGUGCAGAAUGGCGAGCACACUCUGUGGGCAGCACCCACCUGACAGUGGCGGAGAAGACACGUCACCUCUGUCACUCUUGGGCUGAGUUUGUCAUCUCCAACUCAAGGUGAAGGGACAGAUGGGGAGCACCUGCCACACCGAGGACAGGGGGGGGGGGA